AUGAGAGAAAUUGUUCACUUGCAGGCCGGCCAAUGUGGCAAUCAAAUUGGAGCAAAAUUUUGGGAAGUAAUAUCAGAUGAGCAUGGCAUUGAUCCAACUGGAGCAUAUCACGGCGACUCAGACUUACAGCUCGAGCGUAUCAAUGUGUACUACAACGAGGCCACCGGAGGUAAAUAUGUCCCUCGGGCCAUUCUAGUGGAUCUUGAGCCUGGUACCAUGGACGCCGUACGCUCUGGACCAUUUGGCCAAAUUUUUCGGCCAGACAACUUCGUUUUCGGACAAUCGGGUGCUGGUAAUAAUUGGGCCAAGGGUCAUUAUACCGAAGGUGCCGAGCUGGUUGAUUCGGUGUUGGAUGUAGUACGCAAGGAAGCGGAGAGCUGCGAUUGUUUGCAGGGGUUCCAGCUAACGCACUCGCUAGGUGGUGGUACAGGUGCAGGCAUGGGCACAUUGCUCAUCUCGAAAAUUCGGGAAGAAUAUCCAGAUCGUAUAAUGAUGACUUUUAGUGUAGUGCCUUCCCCUAAAGUUUCUGAUACUGUUGUUGAGCCGUAUAACUGCACGCUCUCAGUGCAUCAGCUCGUAGAGAAUACCGAUGAAUCGUAUUGCAUCGACAACGAAGCUCUCUAUGACAUUUGCUUUAGAACUCUCAAACUCACGACUCCCACGUACGGGGAUCUUAACCAUCUGGUUUGCGCGACCCUUAGCGGUGUUACUACUUGCUUAAGAUUUCCUGGUCAGCUAAACGCGGACUUAAGAAAGUUGGCCGUUAAUAUGGUGCCAUUCCCAAGAUUGCAUUUUUUUAUACCCGGCUUUGCUCCUCUUACUUCUAGGGGUUCGCAGCAAUAUAGAUCGUUAACCGUACCGGAACUUACUCAGCAAAUGUUCGAUGCAAAGAAUAUGAUGGCAGCAUGUGAUCCAAGGAACGGACGCUAUCUAACCGUCGCAGCCGUUUUUCGUGGCCGCAUGUCUAUGAAGGAAGUUGAUGAGCAAAUGCUUAACAUUCAGAAUAAAAAUAGUUCAUAUUUCGUUGAAUGGAUACCAAGCAACGUCAAGACCGCUGUCUGCGAUAUACCGCCGCGAGGUCUCAAAAUGUCCGCUACUUUCAUUGGAAACUCUACUGCUAUUCAGGAACUUUUUAGACGAGUUUCUGAGCAAUUUACCGCUAUGUUCAGGCGAAAGGCUUUUCUUCAUUGGUAUACCGGCGAAGGUAUGGACGAAAUGGAAUUUACUGAAGCUGAGAGCAAUAUGAAUGAUUUAGUCACUGAAUACCAGCAAUACCAAGAAGCUUCUGCAGAAGAGGACGCUGAUUUCGACGAAGAAGAAAAUGAAAAUGAAGAUAAAUAAAGAUCAUUUUUUCAUCAAUUUUCUUCUCGCAACUACAAUAGACAUCACUACUCAGAUUCGUAAAAGAUAGUUCAUUUC